AUGCCGUCUGCCUCGCCGUUGAGGACGGUGGACACAAACACAUGCUCCACUUCUCCAGCUCGGCCAGCCUUGUCUGCAAGGGCCUCAGUUACGUCAAGAACAAGCAGCAUCCCCAUCACUCCUCUCGACGACAUUCCCGAGAGUCUGUGGCCACGGGUCAUCCGCACUACUACUGCCGCUGAGAUCAGCAACCCCGAGCUUUCGAUCGACGAGAUUACCUCCACAAAACUGUCUCUCGACGACCAGGCCAUUUUGACCAAUGUACCGAGAGAAAGCAGUCGGAAGGAGACACAAUCCCGUAGACUUGUUAAGAAAGUGGCAUUCGGUGGUAUAUGGGGAGAGAACAACGACCGUCUCAAGAAGAUGACGAAGAGGCUGAAGAAGAUACCAAAUGGCUUAUUCACCCAACCGUCGCUGCCACCAUUGGAACUCACAAGUGAACUCUGUGUCAAGAGCACCUGCACAUCGUCAAACGUGGGAGACUGUGACGCGAGAAGAUCUAACGCACCCAUGAAGAUGGACUACGAAUGCAAAGUCAAGGAGUCAGAGUCCUGUGUGGAAGAGAUGGCAAAGCCUUUACCUCGUCACUUGCCUCAUCACUUCACGCAACCCCCGGCUUAUGCCUACGCAGCUUCCACCUCGACUCUCAACUCGAUCCAUGUUGCCGAAGACCGCUUGCUGCAUGGUCCACGCUCGUUGAAGGCAUUCUCUCGUCAUAACGGUGUCGCGAGGGCGUCGUCCAUUGGGAGCGUGGAAGAGAUGCGCAGUCACGCCUUUGGAAGCCGAAGAGUCAGUCGACCCAGCUUGUCCAGUGGACCAGCCAGGCACAGAUCUGCCCCAAGUAUCAGCCGGAUAUCGCAAUCAGCCUCACGCCCUGUCACCCAUGCAGGAUCGAUAUCCUCAGUAAGCGCUACGAUAGUCCCUCCACGGAGACAAGUUGUAUACAUGGAUACGCCUAGCUCAUGUUCUGAAUUCUUUUGGGAUGGUCAUGACUCGAAGAAGCGCCCAUCGACAUCCUUUACAUCGCGGCCCGUGUCCAAAGGGGGCUCUUUUCGAAGCAGCCAAGAUGGCCACGCGUGUCUAUCUUUGAACCUUGCUCCAGAGGUCGAACUCGGCUUGGGGGAGUUGCCCGGCUACAACAAGGUUCCGCUAUAUGCCCCUAGGAGAAUUGAAUUGGCAGAACCCUCUGAAGUAUCACCACUCGACGAGGCAUCUGAGCACAAACAGAAAUUUUUCCUUCAUUCCAAGCUGAAGAAUUCCAAUCCAACCAUUUCGGACGUCUCAUUCGCAUCGCUGCAAGGACAAACUUCCAUCCGGUCACACCUUGAAAGAGAAGCUAUGAUUCAAGAACAAGAAAGCGAGUCUGAGACCCGUCCAUCUAUGGGGGGUUGUGAGAAGCUCUCCCGAGCUUUUUGCAGUGCUUGGUCGGAGACGACUACCCGACGCUGGCACAAGGGGUACAAGCGUCAUGGUAUGUAA